CGCACUACUGCUAGUUUUUGGAAGGUUAUUUGCUUCGAGCUGCCUUUAGUCUUCUUCGUUAGUAUCGCACGAAGGAAUGGCUGCUCGCUCAACUCUAAUCGUGGCUGGUAGAUCCUGCGAGCUAUCAGCGACGAAGAAGCUAGAGAAACUUUUGUUCCAUUCCCUCAUAUCUGCCUUUGGUGAUGAAGCAGCCGGUGCGGACGCCGAGUUUUCGCAAUUGACUGCAACUUUUACCAAACCCUCACGUGAAGACGAAUUUGGCUUGACAUUCUACAGUCAGAUCGACAACACUCCUCACUUGGUUCGUGUACAAUUCAACCCCACUGCAGAACAGUUUCGCGCUGCUCUUCGUGAAUCACUAUCCCAUGCACUGAAUGCCACUCGUCUCUCCGAAAGUGAGCCUUCCAUCGAUGGUCGCGUCGCUGUGGUCUACGUCGGCCAAGUGGUGGCACAGACAGGCGAAUGGCUUUUGGCUGACUCUGCUCUGGCCGGAUAUCAGGUGUUUUCUUGGUUAGACUCCGAUGCUGCCCAGGCAUGGUGGCCUCAGUUGCAGAAAUUUCCAAACAUUGGGGAUAAAUUGACCCUGAACUUGGUCACACCGUUGGCGGGUCCGGAAACAAGUUGGUCAGCUCAGAAGAACGGACAUACUCAAAAGAUAUUGAGCCACGUGGAUGUCCGUAUGGUCCAACUGACAGUGCAUAUUGACGGCAGCUGGCGGUCCAACGGAAAACCAGUACUCCUCGAACCUUCGCAGACUGCUUCCUACGAAGGAAUACGCGGAUUCGUUCAACUCGCACUUGAUCAACACCAAGUCACCCAAACUGCUUUCGACGCUGAUGGCACUCCUCCUUUGGGAUGCGCCCUUUCGGCCCCACGUCCCGCUCUUUAUUUGUUCCCAGGCGGCGGGUUAGGAUCUCCUUCUAGUGCCUUAUUCUCUCUUCGGGGAUUUGCCAUGCUGUUUGGGGGCUCGUUUACAUCACAGCGUCCCCCAGUAUGGUGGUCCAUGGUCAGAAAUCUUUCUAAGCUGGACGCCGUCGUGUUACCAGAUUGGUCACCCAGCAACUUACUGACUUACCGCUUUGUCAAUGAUUUGAUCCACAGUGGAAUCAACGAAGCGCACAUUUUUGGUGAGCUCAUACUCCCACCCAGUUUAACAUCGACGCCUUCUGAAACCGCGACAGAUCUUCUCUUGACACCCCCUUCCAGUACUACCGGGCCGCACGAAUCCACGUGGGCCGGCAACAAUUUGGCAUCAGAAGCCCUGCCGACCUCCACCGUGCUUUACUUCAAACUUGGAUGGGGUGAGCUGAGAUUGCAGCCACUCGCUCAACGCGCCGGUUUAAUGCUCUUGUGGACCUCCACGGUUCAUCAGGAUUCACAUGCUUCUCCAUUGCGGAUCCUGCUCCCAACCACGCAACUACCCGGUGCAACCCCUGUCCAAGGUCUUGGUCGUCUUUUAAAGGCACUGGUUCAUGUACCACAGGUUCUUGUUCACGGUUCCUCCGUGACGUCAACCGUCCCAGGGAAAUCAACACAUAAGCCCUCCAGCGAUUCGUCGUCUAGGUCGACAAGUGCUUCCAAACCUACCACCACUCCACUCAAGUCGCGUGCAGCCACAGUGACUUCGGCUCCAUCAACAAAAGCUCCUCCACCUAAAACCAGUGUUGCUACGGCACGGCCUGCUACCGAGCGCCCGUCCACUGCCCGACAAACGGAUAUGGCUCCUAGUUUACCUAAGAAGACGGUCCCAACUUCUGAGUCAAAACCACAACAGCGGCCGUCAACGGCUCCAACGGCGAAGGCUUCGCCCCCAGCCAAGACUAUACCUGCCAAGAGCACCACUCGCCUGUCUUCGAAACCCACCGCACUGCUUUCGAAACCUUCCGUGCCAUCGACGAGACCCACCGGGGCUACGAAACCCCCCGCGCCAUCCACUGCCGAUCGUCUUGCGACCCACUCAAACUUGGUUGCAAGUAAGCAAAUUCCAACCACCGCUCAUGCAAAACCGCGGCCAAAGGCUCCGCCAACUCUGCCAACCGUGGCGCCGACAAAAUCCGACGCAACUGUCAAAGGUGAGCUGAGUUCGUCCAUACCCGAAGAAGCUACUCCCUCUGACGUUUCUGUCAUUCCCACCACUCUCGAAGUCACUCCACCUCCAGACGUGCCUAAGAACAUGGCUAUUGAAGUCGAUCAGCAGCUUCGGGAUUCUCUGGAGUUGGCUCCCAUGGAUCCUCUCAUGUCUGGUUGGCGAUCAAUGGAACAGUCUCUCACUACCGCAGCGCACGUGACACCCGAGAUAUCGGAACCAGAUGACCAGAACGCCCCACCAGUCGAUUAUCCUACAAAUGCUCAUCAAAUGGCUCAUCCGCUGCAGGGUUACAGCGAUGUUUAUGAAGUUCACAAGGCUGAACACUUCCAUGAAGCCGAUGAAUCAGAUACGAUGGAUGACAUUCCAGUGCCGUCUGUCGAUGAUGAAUUCCCUUCCAUUGAACCGGUUAAGCAACCGCCAGCAUUUGCUGAGUCGACUGCAGUUGAGUUAUCGACGUCAUCUUCGUUGCCUACAGCCUUCAUUGAAGGAGAAAGUCGGCUUCCGGAUGAGCACUUCUGUGCAGAAGAGAAGAAAGAAGCUGACGAAGUACAUGCAUCACAAGGUGACGCUAGACCUUAUUCAAAUCUGUCUUUCUCGCAUCCCGGUUUGGAGGAUUCCUCUGUUUCAGAAGCUCUCAAGCUCAUCGAUCCAGCUGUCACCGAUUCGUACCCCGACGGCCUUCACUUAACUGAGUCCGGGGUCGAUACUUCUUUGUUCCGUCCACCAUGUUACCCCCCAUCCUCCGAUGAGUUAGUUCUACCUGCCGAAUUGGUGAAUGCUUCACAGAGCGAAUCGGAUUAUCGUCCUGAUGAGGUUAAUGAGCCCAUCUUCCCAAAUGUAACUGACAGCAUCGCCAUGAGCCGUCCACCAUUUGGUGUUGGUUACGAAGAGGUGGAAGGGGUUCCACACGCUUAUGACGACCCGGUGACUGAGUCAGCACCCGACUUUUUAGCGGACACACUUCCCAAAUCCACACCAUUCUUCUCAGAACAAGGGAAUGCUGAAGGUGACGGACUGUCGGAUCAGUUCGCUCACGCAGUUCCCGUCUCACCAGUUCAGUCGACCGAAGGUGAAUCUUCUUAUCCCUUGGAUCCGCAAGGUGACUCUCUUGCCACUUUUCGGCAUUACGAGCCUUUUUGCGCAGAGACACCCCUAAAUGGUGUUAUCGAAGGGGACGGUGCGAAAUCUGUUCAGUCGCUUGAGGAGGAGUAUACUCAUUUCCAAAUGCGGCCCGGAGCUAACCUUCCAGACGCAAGAGACUCAAUUCCACAAAUGAUCCCAGAUGCUUCCGAAAAUCAGCAAGAGUACUAUCAAUCAUCCACGAAAGCUGUUUUUAAUGAGCGUUCUUCCCCUAUUGUAACAGGCGUUUCGGGCCUUGAUGUGAAUGUUUUGGAGCCCGAUGCUAAAAUUUCAGGGGCUGAAGUCACUGUUGGUUCGGAAGUAUCGGAGCUUGUGUAUCACGGACCGGGAUCUCCCGAAAGACAGUCUUCAGACAUCAGCGACAUGGAUGCAAAUGAUCACGAGCUGUGGGCCUCUUCCGCUCACAGUCCUUCAUUCCCAGAUUACGCACAUACACAGAGCCACUCUGCGUUUGCGGAGAGAGAGCCAUUUGCCAUUCCAGUUCGCGAUGCCGUAUCUACAGGGUUCUCUGAAGCUGUUCACGAGAGCAGCGACGUUAACGAGACUAAUGUGAUGAUGGAUGCUUCACCCGGUGCUUUGCACCACCCACCGGAUUCUAGUUACGACUCAACUAACUGGCAUCAACAACCAAUCCGCUUGUCCGCGGAUUCAUUGGAAGAGGCUCAACGCGAGAAUUACGUCUGCGAUUCCAAUGAUCCUGCUCCUCCGGCGGAGGAUUCUGUGGACUCCACCACUUGUGUGCAAUCUUCUCACGUUUCUUCCGUCCCAUUUACCGCUGAAACUCUUCUGGAACAAGUGCAAACGGCUGAUUCUACUACUUUGGAUGAGGCCAAGGGAGAGUGUGUGCAAGAACAGGCUGAUACCCCCGGUAUCCCCAUGGGUUUUGACCACCUGGUCGUGGACGCCACCGGCGAUCAUUCAGUUGAUGCGUUCAACCUGGGCAGCCCUACAUCAGAGACCUCUAUGGACUCGGUUGUGCAUGCUGGGAAAGCGGACAGUGACUUACAUUCUCCGGAUGACUUUCACGAUGAUUUGGUUACUUCAUCCGUGCGCCGUGAGGACCACCGUGGGUCUGACCCCACUCUUGGUGAGCACCGCACAGGCGAAAACGGGUACGUUCACGAAUAUUUCACGAAUGGACAUCCCGGUCUCAUCAAUGGCAACCAUGAAGCUGCCAGUGAAGGGAACCGCAUCAACGGCAGUUUCGUGUCCCCGGACCAACCUGCUUCGUUCCCUCUUUCCACAUCGCCUGCUUCCAAAAUGCGAAUAACGCCAGAACUUUUGACUGACGUCGGUGCUACCCCGAUUGGCAAUCGCAGCGAACUUGUCGAGCCCGGCAUGAGUCCUUUCAUCGACCCUUUCGACACGCAACAGUCUCAGCUUCCGGCAGAUGACGCAGUUAGAUCCCAUGUUUCCGACCAAUUCGAUCCCAUUCAAGCUUGGGGUCAACCCCAAGGGCUGCCAGCGCCUGUUGUACCAUCUACCGCAAACAAAGCCGGCACUGGCACCGUGAAACAGAAUGGACCCAGCCGGCCUUCAACGGCCAAUAGGCCAAAACCCUCUACAAAGCCUACCGGGGCAACUGGGGGAAAGAGUACAUCACUUACUCCGGCUGCCCCUCCCGUGUUACCUCCUGGGCCACCGGUUUAUCUGGACCUCAUAUGGGUGCCUUCCUAUUUGGUCCGUGUACCUCACCAGCUUGCCGUGGAGUUCUUUAACCGCGUGCGCUCACGAACCUAUGUAUUGUCGGGGGAGGCUCUCCAUCCGACAAUUGGUGAAGCUCUUAUUGAGGGCAAGUCUCGAUGGGGAUCGCAUGAUCUUGAGACAUUGUUCCGCACGGAAACUCCUGCUCCGAUCAACGUUCUCCCCACCGAUGAGCCGUACGAAUGGAGUUGUUGGCUGCGCACACCUUGUGGUCGUGCGGAUCGCGAAACCGGUGAAUCUCGCUUGCAAGCGGGUGGAUUCCAUGUGUUACCUGCUGCAAGCCUCUGCGACAUCGAAUACUCGGCUGGUGACACGGCAUUCCGAUGUGAAGGUGUGAGAGUGGACUUGUGAUUCAUACCGCAGUCGCCUAUCCGUCCUAAGCUGUUGUCCCAAACUUGUGCCUGGAUAACUGGAUUAUUCGGGAACUGACCGGCCGCUUACUCACAGACAUUUUCCUUUUCGACUCCUUUCACAUUGCGCCAUCAGAUCCACUGUUUGUCGUGCCACGUCAACUUCUUACCAUCCCAUUCACACACACGCACACACACCCUACCAUAAUCUUUUGAUUGCGCCUCAGUAUAUAUCACCCUCCGUGUUUGUCUUUUCAUUCUCCUACUAGUUAUGUUAUUUGUCCGUUUAGCUCUCGACGACAUUCGAUUCUUGACCUGUUUUGCAUCUCACUCGCGUCCCACUUUUUAAUGUGACCGCUGCCUCUGUCAUCGUGCCUCACGUGGAAUACACUUGCUUCGUAUGUUUUUUUCCACCGCAUUAACGAUCUCUCUAUCCCAACAUUCUUUUCCUUCUUUCUUUAGUUUUUCCAUCAUUGGUGAUGCUGCGUUUACUCUCUGCACUAGCGCUGUUUUCAGUUUUCUUGCUCCACAGAGCGGGCCUCCCAUUUCCUUAACCGUGUGGCUGCUACAUUUUUCGGCCACUGGCUUUCCUAUGUACCUGUCAUCUCUAAUUGAACGUCAGUCAUUUUGCCUUUCGCGUAUUUGCACAUCGCGUACGGCCGCUGGUACCCUGUGUCUAGGACGCAGUACAAUUUGAACGAGACUUGUUGCCUACACUGUUGUUGGUGUUGUCAUGGCUUUUUGUUUGGAUGGAGAAAGUCUUUAGUCUACUUGUUGUUGGCCACAACCAUAGUUCACUAACUUCACCCGG